AUGUCCGGCUUCUUCCGCAAGGUCGGCGAUUCCGACUCUGAAUCCGACAUCUCCUCGUCCGAGGAGGAGCUCUCUGAGCUCGAGUCCGGAGAUGAGCAACCAAAGACCACUCAGCCUGCCGCCGGUCGCUCGCGCUUCCUGAAGGGUAGCGAUGACGACUCUGACGAUGACUCCGAUGACGACUCGGAUGAAGAGUCGCUGGACUCGGACGACGACGAUGACGAGCCCCGCGCCGACGGCAAAAAGGUGCCCCCCUCUCGUUUCAUGAAGGGUGCCGCUGACAGCGACGACAGUGACUCGGAGGAGGAAGUCAAGAAGGUGGUCAAGUCCGCCAAGGACAAGCGUGUCGACGAUAUGCAGACCAUCGUCAACCACAUCGAGUCCGCCCAAAAGUCGAGCGACUGGACUUCGAUCAACAAGGACUUUGACAACCUCAUGCGUUCCAUCGAGCGUCAGCGCACCCUUAACGAGCAGAUCCCCGCCUUCUUCUACAAAGCCAUCUCUCAGCUUGAUCAGUUCCUCAACGAGUCCGCCGCCAAGGAGAAGGACGCAAAGAAAAAGAUGAAGGCGCCCGUCGCCAAGGCCAUGAACGGUAUGAAGCAAAAGUUGAAAAAGAUCAUCAAGGAGAACGACGAGACCAUCGCCAGAUACCGUUCCGACCCUGAAGGCUUUGAGGCCGCCGCCGAGGCUGCCCAGUCCGCCGCCGCCGCCCCCACCGAAGCAGAGACCGCCAUCUCCAAGGGCAAGAAGGAGCGUCUCGCUGCCGCUCUCGACCCCGAGGCCAACGACGACUUCCAGACCGUCGGUCGCGGUGGCCGUACCGAGACGUUCACUUCCGAAGGUCUCUUUAAGAGUCUCGCUGCCAUCAUGGAAGCCCGUGGUAAGAAGAGCACCGACAAGAACGAGCAGAUCCGCAAGCUCUCCGACCUCUCUGGCGUCGCCGACUCUCCCUACAAGAAGAUCCGCGUCAUCCUCGCUCUCGUUGCCGCCCGCUUCGACUACAACGCAUCGGCCACCGCCUACAUGCCCGUCGAGAUGUGGGACUCGGCACGCAAAGAGAUUAACGAGAUUCUCGCGCUGCUCAGCAAGAACCGCAGCUACGUUGUGCGUGAGGAGACGGAGGACUACGACGACGAGGUGGAGCGCGUCCCCGGUCAGAACGGCGAGAAGGACACCGUUGCCGUGCGCGGCAGCAUCAUCAGCUUUGUCGACCGUCUCGACGACGAGUUCACCAAGAGCUUGCAAAACAUCGACCCUCACACCACCGAAUACGUCGACCGACUGUGCGACGAAAAGAAGCUCUACGAGACCAUCGUGCUCGCACAGGGAUACUUUGAGAGCCAGUCCGAGACCGAGGCCCUCUCGCGCUGCACCAUGCGUCGUCUCGACCACGUCUACGCCAAGCAGGACGUCAUCAUCAAGGCGCUCGAAUCGACGCUCGGCGAGGCCGCCAAGACGUCCGAGUCGAAGCUGUUCCCCCCUGCCUCUCGUGUCGCCGAGCAGGACGGCCCCGCCGUGCUUGUGCGCGCUCUGUGCACUUACCUCUACCAGGCUCGUGGUGUGCAGGCCGAGCGACCACGAACACGCGCCGUCCUCUGCCACAUCUACUUCCAUGCGCUUCACGCCGACUACCACGUCGCGCGCGACAUGUUCUUGAUGUCUCACCUGCAGGACGCCAUCCAGCUCGCCGACGUCGCCACUCAGAUCCUCUACAACCGCGUGGUGGUCCAGAUCGGCAUCUGCGCCUUCCGCAACGGCCUCAUCAAGGAGUCGCAGGUUGCGCUGCAAGAGAUCUUUGCCACGGGGCGUGUCAAGGAGUUGCUCGCACAGGGUGUUCAGAAGCAGAACCAGUUCAGCACGAUCACACCCGAACAGGAGAAGCUCGAGCGUCAGCGUCAGCUUCCCUUCCACAUGCACAUUAACCUCGAGCUGCUCGAGUGCAUCUACCUCAUCUCGUCCAUGUUGCUCGAAGUGCCCAACAUGGCUCUUGCGGGCAACGACCCCGAGCUGCGCAAGCGCGUCAUCUCGCGACCCUUCCGUCGCAUGCUCGACUACACUGACCGUCAAGUGUUUUCGGGCCCUCCCGAGAACACGCGCGACCACAUCAUGCAGGCAUGCAAGGCUCUCCAGAACGGCGACUGCAAGGCGUGCAUCGACCUAAUCGCCGAGAUCAAGAUCUGGAAGCUCCUGCCCGGCUCCGAAGACGUCAAGGCGAUGCUCGCCAAACGCAUCCAGGAGGUCGGACUGCGAACUUAUCUGUUCUCGUACUCUGCCUACUACGAGUCUGUCUCGCUCUCGCACCUGGCAGCGACGUUCGAUGUCGAGGAGAAGUUGGUCAAGGCCAUGGUGAGCAAGAUGAUCUACAACGACGAGUUGGCGGCUUCGCUCGACCCUUCGGCCAACGUGGUUUCGUUCCACAGGCUGGAGCUGACCAAGGUGCAGCAGUUGGCAGCGACGCUCGCUGACAAGGCCAACUCGAUGUUGGAGCAGAACGAGAGGCUGUUGGACGCCAAGCUGGGCGAAGGCAAGGAGCAGAGGAGCGGCGGAGGUACUGGCUGCGUCUACCGACCGCUCCAAGGACUUACACGAGAACCUCGAUGCUGCGGUCUCCAUGGUGAAGUGGAAGACAUGUCGUUCCGUUCGUCAGCUGUGGCUUCUGGUUCAAGAAGCAUCGGUGCAUCUUCUAGCCGCCUGACAUCCGGUCUCACCACUCGCAACGCCGCCGCACCAAUACGACGAGCUGUCUCAUCUCGUCGUCCGACCGAGGCCUUAUUGCUGGCUCAAACUCUUCCACCGAGCUGGCUGCUCCCAUCUCGAGCCUCUUUGCUGAUCCCUCGCAAUCGGUCCUUCUCAUCCACAUCGCAUCCCAACGCACGAGCUCGAUCUUCCACAUCAUCCGACACAGACCUCUCUUAUCCCACCCACCUCACCAACCCGACACCUUACGACAUAUUCCACUUCCCGUCUCGAACCGUCACAUUUUCCGAGAUCAAAUCUCGCUACUACGAUCUAGUCCGAACCUGUCAUCCCGACCGAUUCCCGCAUUCCAGUUCCACCAAAACCAAAGCUUCCGCCGAGGAAGAGUUCAAAUCCAUCAUCUCCGCCUACAACCUUCUCAAAGAUCCCCACACCAAACAGCUCUACGAUCGUGCUGGCAUCGGCUGGAAUUCCUCCACCUCCACUCUUUCCACCAACCCUUCCGAUCUUUGGAAAGAUCAUCGCUACACGCGUCGUUACAACCCUUCCUACACAGGUCCAGGUCACGACCGUUUCGGUUGGCAAAAUCAAACCUUCUACAACCCGCACUUUUCCCCUCACCAUUCCCACCACGGUUCGGCAGGUUGGAACGGCGGUAACGGUCAAUACACCUCGAACGGUAUCUUCAUCACCUCCCUUUUCCUCCUCACCUGGCUACUAGCAGGUCUUCAAUAUUCCAGACUCUCUCUCCAAAGCGCAAAAGCAAUCGAAAGAGCCGACAAGUCACACCUGGACGCUGCAAAGAGUCUCAACGACGCUAGAGAAGCUGCGAGGAGCGAAGAGGGUAGACAGAGAUGGAACGCUUUCCGACGACGCGCAAGGGAACAGAAGGUGAUGGAAGACUUGGAUAGGUUGAGCGGUGGAGAGGGUGAGCAGGGAACGAGUGCGGGAGCAGGCGAGUAUGUGGUGGGAGAGUAUGGAGUUGGUCAUGGUGGCCCUAGUGGGAAAGAGGCUGCACAGGAAAGGUUCGCAAAGGCCAAAACUCAGUUGCCUGCACCCGUCGAUGCUCCAUAG